UCUGUCUGGUCAGGUAUGGACAGGAUAUGCGAGACUACAUUCAACCUGGCUCUCUAGCUUUAAACCGCCUCCUUCUGUCUGUGUGGCCAACGGGUGAGAAACACCUACUUUAUGCAGGUGUUUGGCUCCGAGUUAACGGUACUUUACUGCACUAGGCGGAAGAAGAGUAAAAACUGUUACUUGCGAUACAGCGUUAGUUGCCACGCUCAGGUUGAAUUGAACCAACAGUUAGCGUAACUCCGUUAGCUGAAAGGAAUGAAUACAACGGUUACCUGCUAGCAUAGCUAACAUCAACUUUGGUUGAUAACGUUAGCUUUUCUGGAUUUGCUUAGAUCAACAACACAGUGCUGUAAAUACUGCUCGCCUCCAAUGAGAAGCAGGAGGAAGCAACCAUAGACUGAAGGGUGAAGCAGCAAACAAGUUGGCCUUUGGAUACCCGAAAAGUGAGAUGAACUGUCAGGGUGAUCACACCGCUCCAUUGAGGGUGCUGGUGACAGGAGGAUCCGGCUUGGUGGGCAGAGCCAUACAGCAUGUGGUCAAAGAGGAGGGGGGCGCCAAGGAGGGGGAAGAAUGGAUUUUCCUCUCCUCCAAAGAUGCCAACCUCAUGAACAUGGAGGAGACGAGGGCUGCGUUUGAGAAACAUCGGCCAACCCACGUCAUUCACCUGGCUGCUAUGGUUGGGGGGCUUUUCAAGAACAUGAAAUACAACCUGGACUUUUGGAGAAACAAUAUCUACAUCAACGAUAACGUGCUGCAGGCCGCACAUGAAGUUGGCACGGUCAAGGUUGUUUCCUGUCUGUCCACCUGCAUCUUCCCCGAUAAGACCACCUACCCUAUUGAUGAGACCAUGAUCCACAACGGUCCACCUCAUGAGUCGAACUUUGGCUAUGCCUAUGCAAAGAGAAUGAUUGAUGUUCAUAACAGGUGGGAACUGAUGGGUUUGUGCUGUAACGUGUUUUGUAAAUGCUGCAUGAAUAAGACUUGUGUGUGUGUGUGUUUGUGUGUUUGUUUGUUUGUUUGUUUGUUUCACAGGGCGUAUUUCCAGCAGGAUGGGCGUUGCUAUACAGCUGUGAUUCCCACUAAUGUCUUUGGUCCUCAUGACAACUUCAGCAUUGAAGACGGCCAUGUGCUGCCAGGCCUCAUCCACAAAGCGUACAUCGCUCAAAAGGAGGGGAAGCCCCUGGUGGUCUGGGGCUCCGGCACUCCCAGAAGACAGUUCAUCUACUCUUUGGACCUGGCUCGUCUCUUCCUCUGGGUCUUGAGAGAGUAUCCAGAGGUCGAUCCAAUCAUUCUCUCUGUUGGAGAGGAGGAUGAAGUGUCCAUAAAGGAAGCAGCAGAAGCAGUUGUGCAAGCACUGGACUUUAAAGGAGGAGUGGUGUUUGAUACCAGUAAAGCAGACGGCCAGUUCAAAAAGACAGCAAGCAAUGCAAAGUUGCGCCGCUACCAGCCGGACUUCACCUUCACACCCUUCAAACAAGCUUUAAAGGAAACCUGCGAUUGGUUUGUUACCAACUAUGAAUCAGCCCGGAAGUGAAAGCUAUUGCAAACAAGUUGGUAUAAAGUCUGUGGACCCAUGGCCCUCUCUGCUGGAAUAGAAGCAACAAAGGUGGUUCAUCUGCAAAGAUAGUUACUGAAUUAAGUCAGUUUGUGUCACUCAAUAUCUCACUUCAAGUCUGCAACACCAUCUUGACUUGUUUCUCUUUAGGGUAUUAUGAAGCACUGUAUGUCUUUCAAUAUUGUGUUAAUUUGAAUUGUUAGACUAGUUUUGUAAUCCAGGUGCUGGCAAAAUUCAAUAUUUGCAGCAAUUGUUUAUUAUAAAUCCUUUUCAGCAAUUCAAUCACUGAACUACUUCAAUUUGUUAAUGUUUGGGAGUUUACAUGAUCCAGCUUUGAUUUACUAUUUAAUGAAUAGAGUUUGGUAUGUAUUAUUUUUAUUCUCUAUAUUGGCACUGAUCAAAAUAAAUGUUUCAUACCAA